GGGUGGGGCCUUGCGGCACGUGCCCUGGACUGACGACGUCGGACGGGAGAGGCGUGAGGCUAGGAUUCGAAAAUCGCGACGUUUAAAGCCGCACCGCGCUCGUGACGGGAUGAGCGCCCCGCCGUGACACUUGCUUGCCCGGUUGAACGGCUGAAGCGAAGACGGUGCGAAUCAUAGACGGCGCUGAAUCAUAGGCAGUGCUGAAUCAAGACGGCACUUAAUCCAAGAGGUGCUCAAGAAGCAAGGUGACGACGACAACAACAACCACAACAUGCCGCCCAAGAUCGACGACGCCUCCAAGGGCCACUCGCGCGACUCCUCGACCGGCAGCAUUCGCCACGCCCAUGUGCCCGCCACGCCCUCGCAGCUGCGCCAGGCCCACGCGCCCUCGGACCGCUCGAGCAGCCCCGAGGAGGCCAUGCACCGCCCGCGCCGCAAGUCGUACUACGCCGACGAUGUAGAUGUCGCUGCAGAGGCCGGCUCGGCGCAGACAGACUUCGCCCCCGCCCCGCCGCACGACGGCAUCGUCGAGGUCGACAUCAGCGAGCCGAAUGCGCGCUCGCGGCUGCUCGACGCCGCCCUGCGCGACGACUGGGCCCGUCCGGGCGUCGCCCGCAACUACGGCAGCUUCGCCGGCAGCGUGCACUCGGACAGCAGCUUCGGCGGCGCCUUUCCCGGCAUCACGCGCACCGCUGCCGGCGAGGAGGACCCCUCGGACCCCACGCGCGCGCUGCUGGGCGACGCCUUUGCAGAUGGCGUUGUAAACAGCGGCGACAGGAAGAACAUGAGCACCACGCGCUGGCUCGCCGAGCGCCACGGCAUCAAGAGCCAGCGCUGGAUGUACCUGCAGUACUACAUCCCCGUGCUCAGCUGGACGCGCCAGUACAAGUGGCGCUACCUCAAGGGCGACCUCAUCGCUGCCAUCACCAUGGCCUCGUUCUACAUCCCCAUGGCCCUGUCGUACGCCUCCAACCUGGCCCACCUGCCGCCCGUCCACGGCCUGUACAGCUUCGCCAUCAACCCGCUGAUUUAUGGUAUUCUGGGCACGUGUCCGCAGAUGAUUGUCGGACCAGAGGCCCCUGGUUCGCUGCUGGUCGGCGAGAUUGUGCGCGAGAACAUCUCCAAGGGCGCGUCCGGGGAGGGCGACGGCCGUUUGAAUGCUGAGAUUGCGGGUAUUGUCACGUGCAUGGCCGGCGGCUUCAUCUUCGUUGCUGGCAUCUUCCGCCUGGGCUUCCUCGACAACGUGCUGAGCCGUCCGUUCCUGCGCGGCUUCAUCAGCGCGAUUGGUGUUGUCAUCUUCAUCGACCAGCUGAUUCCCGAGACCGGUCUGGCGCGUCUUGCGGCGAAACAUGUCGCCCACGGCAGCUCGCUGGACAAGCUAGUCUUUCUCGUCAAGAAUAUCCACCGCGCGCACAAGCUCACCUGCGCCAUGUCGUUCGCUGCCUUUUUCAUCAUCAUGUUCUUUCGCGAGUUCAAGAAGCGCCUCCAGCCACGCUACCCCAGCGUCGCAUACAUCCCAGACCGCUUCCUCGUCGUCGUCUUCUCGGCCAUCCUGACCUGGCACUACCGCCUCGACCAGCACGGCCUCGCGGUCCUCGGCGACGUCAACUCCAGCGGCGCGCUCUUCUCCGUGCACUUCCCCUUCGACACAUCGCACCUCAAAUACGCCGGUGACGCCGUCAACACGGGCCUCAUCAUCGCGCUGCUCGGCUUCUUCGAGUCCAGCGUCGCCGCCAAAUCGCUCGGCGCCGGCGACACGCAGAAAGACGGCGUCCAGCUGCCGCUCAGCGCCAACCGCGAGCUCAUCGCCCUCGGCACCGCCAACAUGACCGGCGGCCUCUUCAUGGCGCUCCCGGCCUUCGGCGGCUACGGCCGCAGCAAAGUCAACGCCAGCACCGGCGGCCUGACCCCCAUGUCCAACAUCUUCCUGUCUAUCAUCACCAUCCUCUCCACGCUCUUCCUGCUCCCCUACUUCUACUUCCUCCCCAAAGGCGUCCUGUGCGCCAUGGUCUCCGUCGUCGCCUACUCGCUCGUCGAGGAAGCCCCCCACGACAUCAAGUUCUUCCUGCGCAUCCGCGGCUGGUCCGAACUCGCGCUCAUGGGCCUGAUUUUCGGGAUAACCAUCGUGUGGGACCUGAAGCGCGGCAUCGGCGUCGGCAUUGGCCUCUCGAUCCUGCGCCUGAUAAAACACUCCGUGCGCCCACGCAUCCAGAUCCUCGGCCGCGUGCCCGGCACAACCUCGCACUUCGCAAACGCCGAACUCGCCCCCGACGCGCUCGAAUUCGUCGCCGGCUGCCUGAUCGUCAAGAUCCCGGAGCCCCUGACAUUCGCCAACACAGGCAACUUACGGUCGAGGCUGAGUAGGCUGGAGGACCACGGCACUGCCGCAGCCCACCCCGCGCUGCCCCGCAUCCGCCGCAGAGAACACAACCAAAACGUCAUCUUCGACGUGCACGGCGUCACAUCGCUCGACGGCGCCGGCGCGCAGGUGCUGAGUGAGAUCGUGGCUGGGUAUCGGGCGCGCGGCGUAAGAGUGUUUUUCUGCCGCGUGCCGCCCAGGGGCAGUCAGGUUUGGAGGUUGCUGGAGGCGAGUGGGGUUGUGGAGAUGUGUGGUGGUGAGGGGCAUUUUGUGGGGGGUGUGGAGGAGGCGUUAAGAAGGGUGGAUUUGGAGAGGCUAACGGAGGAGGAGGGGAGUGAGGGGGUGGGGAGCGCGGGGACGAGUGCGAGGGCGAGUGCGGUGGGGGGGAGAUAGGUGUGUGGUGGGCAAUGAGCAGUGGUGUUUGAGCAUUGAUGGUUUGGGCAGUGAUGGUUUGAGCAUUGAGCAUAGCGCGUUUUGAGUCUGAGGUCUGCGCUGUGAGUUUGGAGUCUCCGCAUAUCGUUUUUAGCAGUCUGGUGGCAGCAUUGUGGCAUUGUGGCAUUCGCGUCU